AUGUUCAUCCAGGCCCAGCAACGCGGUCCAGGCACCACAAAUUAUCACUUCUUGAAGCAAACUUUAAAAUAUAUAAUUUCUUUAAUUGCAGAACCCAAUAAAUUUAUCAUUCUUAAAGAGAUUGCACAAAAUAUUCCCUACUUACCAGUAGAAGAUCUUGAAGGUUUAUUCAGAGAAUUACGUAACUACAACUAUACGUGUGCAUGGUAUCCGGGUAUUAUGGAUAUACAAAUACGAAAUGAAUAUUGGCAAAUACUGAGGAACCGAAAUCUAACCUAUUAUAUAUAUGGAGCAUAUCUCGACAAUAGACCAUUAGUGACAGGAAAUAAAACUUUAAUACGUUUAUUAGCUAUAAUUGAUUUGAUAUCGGAAAAUCAACAAGACUAUCCUAGCACAUAUUGUCAAUUGUGGUUUAAGGAUAAAUUUGAACCGUUAAUAGUGCCCGUGGACACAACUCAAUUUAUAUGGAGAUAUAGAUGGGGUCAUAGUGCCCAAUAUAGUUUUCCUCAUAUUUUAACAUGUACUCUACCAGAGGAUUACAAGGAUCAUAUACUGAAAAGUGUAUCUUUGGUAGCAGCACCCUGUAAUAAAGCCUCUAAUAUACUAAGAGUAAUUAAACAACCAUUGAGAACUACUGUGAGGAAGAAAAAAGAAUUUGCUGUUUGUAUAAAGGGUUUAGAUUUUCCCUAUAUAGAUUUAUCUUAUCGUUUGGUGGAAUAUAUAGAAGCAUUACGUACACUGGGAGCUGAGAAGGUAAUAAUUUAUAACUUGGAGGUACAUGAAAAUAUGACCAAAGUUUUAAAUUAUUAUCAACGUACAGGAUUUGUAGAACAUCGUCCAUUUAGUUUUUCUCUUGAGUAUUCUAAUUUACCAGAAUACCGCCAUUUACAAUUGAUUACGAAAAAAGAUGCUUUUCGUUUGCAUGAGAGUAUACUUUAUAAUGAUUGUAUUUAUAGAAAUAUGUACGAAUUUAAAUACAUAGCUGUUUGGGAUAUAGACGAACUACCGAUACCUUUAAAACGUUACAAAAACUGGCAUGAUCUAAUGGUAUUAGCCGAAAAUUCCAAAGAGUAUAUGUGUAAUAGUUAUGCCAGUUUUUGUUUUUUAUGUGCUUAUUUUCCAAGUUAUGAGGGAAAUUUUUCUUUUGCCAAACAGUUUCCACAAUAUUUCUAUAUGCUUCAGCAUGUUAAGCGUGUGCGUGAUAUUGCCGAUUACGGUUAUGCCAUGAAAUGUCUACAUUCUACUGAUUAUAUUAUAGCAACUCAUAAUCAUUUUCCCAUUCAUUAUGCUGCCGACUGUAGGGAUUAUACAUUUAGCAGCAGUGUUGCCCAAAUGAAUCAUUAUCGGGAGCCACCGUUUAAGGAAAAUCUUACGAAUCCUGUAAUGGAUAAGAGUUUGUGGAGAUUUGCUAAUCGUAUUGUAAAGAAAUCAAUGAAAAUAUUUGAGGAAUUAGAUUCUUCUUUGGAAGUCAGUAAAUACCAUUUCCACAGAAGGCAAAUAAAUUAA